CCGAUAUAGGCUUCCGCCAUAUCUGGACUCGGCUACGUUGUGCUGCAGUUGGCGCGCGUGCGUUUUGCUGUGCUUCACUUAGCACGACAGCCAUGCCGAUUAGCGCGAUGUCCGGCUGUCGUAGCGGAAGCAGUAUUCUUCAAAACUGACCUACAAGGAGCCAGGCAUGAGUGUGUUUUGUUUGCCUAGAGUGAUAAAGUGACAGUCUGAGUGAACACGGGUGCUCUAUGAAAUUCACCGAAGGGUUUGCCUGGCUCGCAUAAAUAGAAAAGUCUCGAAGAUCGUCAGCGACGUCCGCAUCUGUGGUCGCCACUUCAUAACGGACUCGGCCGGCCUGUCGGCGACGCCCGGCGUGCCGUGGCAAGCGAUCCGCCGCAGCCAGAUGUUCGCCAAUACUUUCUUCUUCGCCAAGGCCACUUCCGUGCUGGGCAUGGUGUUCCUGGUCACCAUGCGCCUCUCGCUGAACUGCCAGCAGGUGCCGUCGACGACUACGACCAGCCGCAGUUGCUGGAUGGUCGGAAGGUGCAGGUUCUGUGCCAAGGACUUCGCUGGACGUGCUCUUCUUUGUGCACACCACCUCUAAGCACAGUUCCCACCGGCAGUUCCUUCGCGACACCCUGGGCGACCCGAUGGUCAGCGAGCAGCUCAACUCGGCCAUGGUCUUCUUAGUGGGCCAGUCCAAGCACCUCAUCGUGCGUCGCGUCAUCCAGGAGGAGGCCCGCAGCGUAGGCGACGUGGUUGUGUUUCCGUUCGUGAACACGUACCGCAACCUGACCUACAAGUUCGUCUACGGGCUUAAGUGGGUCAACGACAACUGCCGCGAGUCGGUGCGAUUCGUGGUCAAAAUCUACGAUGAAGCUCUGGUCAACGUGUUCCUGCUCGCCGACUACCUCAAGAACGUCACCGGUCCCACCGCGGAAACCAGCGUCCACUGCCUCACCUGGAAGCGGACGCCCGUGGUGCGCAAACCUCAGGUCUAA